CGUCAUCCAGGGCGACGGCUACUGACACAAGGCUGGCGCCUCGGUUUGUGCACAUAAUUAUAAGGGAGGAAGACUGUAGCGGAGUAGGACUUUGAACGAAGUUGGAAAGAGCCUCACUGCUGAGAAACAAACAGACGAGUGAGAGAAGGCUGCUUUUUACUGUAAUGUUUAAAUGGAUGUGAAAGAGGAGACCUGUGAGGCUCACAUGAGUAUCAUGGAGAACAUGACCAUAAAUGUUAAGGAGGAGGAGGACUCUGAAUUGAAGUGUGUCCACCCUAAACAGGAGACCCUGGGCAUUAAGGUGGAGGACUGUGAAGUGGGGUCUGUAGGCAUUAAAGAAGAGGCUGAAGAGGUUUGUGUCAGCAGAGCGACUGACAUCCAUACAAGUGUGAAGGGUGUCAAGGAAGAAGACCUUCAUUAUGGAUGUGAAAAUGUUUCAGUUACCAGGUCAGUCACCUCUCAACACUCUUCAUCUCUGGAGUCUUCUGUCAAUAUGAAGUCUGAAUCAUUACAGUCUGACAUAGAGGGAACUGAAAAAAUUCAGUCUCUUAGAACAUGGGAACAUCUUCUACCACCUACAAAGAACACUAGAAAAAAUUCACAAGAUGAUGGUGGCUUCUUCUUAUCCUCAUUACCUCAGAUAUCUCUUCAAUAUGGACCACAACAGACAACAAAUGAUGAAAACCUGAAGAAACCAACAUCUGGAAUAGAGAGUGUGAUAUUCGCCUCUUUGCAGGAUGAUUCUCUAACGAUAGAAGAUGCAGUCAAUACUCAAUUUGAAAUACCCAAUUCAGACUCCACCACAGUCCACCGUGAGCAGAGGAAACGUCUAAAAAGCAAAUCUAUAUCCAGAAAUAAUAAUCUGAGUCAAACACAAAAGAAGGUGCAUCAAUGUUCUAAAUGUUUCAAACAGUUCAAGCAAAUCGACCAUCUUCUGAACCACACUAGAAUUCACAAUGGAGAGAAGCCAUAUUGCUGUCCAGAAUGUGGCAAACAAUUCGUCACUAAACCAAACCUUCAAAUCCACAGAAGAACUCGCACUGGAGAGAAGUCCUAUUGCUGUUUAGAAAGUGGCAAACAAUUCAUCACCAGCAACCACCUUCAGUCCCACAAAAGAACACACACUAGACCUAAACCUUUUUGUUGUUCAGAAUGUGGCAAACAAUUCACCACCAAUAGUUACCUUCAAAGACACAAAAGCAGUCAUACUGGACAGAUGCCAUACUGCUGUUCAGAAUGUGGAGAAGGAUUCAUCAGGAACGCCAUUCUUCAAGUCCACAGAAGAAUUCACACUGGAGAGAAGAAACAUUGUUGUUUUGAAUGUGGCAAAAACUUUUCUCAAAAGAGUGUUCUUCAGACCCACACAAGAAUACACACUGGAGAGAAGCCAUAUUGCUGUUCUGAUUGUGGCAAACAAUAUGUCAAUAAAACAACUCUUCAAAUCCACAGAAGGACUCACACUGGAGAGAAGCCAUAUUCCUGUUCUGAAUGUGGCAAACAAUUUGUCAGUAAAACAACUCUUCAAAUCCACAAAAGGACUCAUACAGGAGAGAAGCCAUAUUGCUGUUCUGAGUGUGGCAAACGAUUCAUCACCAGCAGCCACCUUCAGUCUCACAGAAGAACUCACACUGGAGAGAAGCAAUAUUGUUGUGUAGAAUGUGGCAAACAAUUCACCACCAGUAGUUACCUUCAAAGACACACAGCAAUUCAUGCUGGACAGAUGCCGUACCACUGUUCAGAAUGUGGACAAGGAUUUACUGUCAGCAGCAGCCUUCAUAACCAUACAAAAAUUCACACUGGAGUUAAGCCAUAUUGUUGUUCUGAGUGUGGCAAACAAUUCUUCAAUAAAGCAAACCUUCAAGUCCACAAAAGAAUUCACACUGGAGAGAAGCCAUAUACUUGCUCAGAAUGUGGCAAAAAAUUUUCCCACCGUAGCACUCUUCUCACCCAUGCAAGGAUUCACACUGGUGAGAAACCAUUUUGUUGUUCAGAAUGUGGAAAAGGAUUCAUCAGCAUUAGCAAUCUUCAAGUACACAAAAUUACACACACCAGUGAGAAGCCAUAUUGCUCUGAAUGUGGCAAACAAUUCAGCAAUAAAAUAAACCUUCAAGUCCACAGACGAAUUCACACUGGAGAGAAGCCAUUUUGUUGUUCAGAAUGUGGAAAAUGCUUUUCUCGAAAGAGUGCGCUUCAGAUCCACGCAAGGAUUCACACUGGAGAGAAGCCAUAUUGCUGUUCAGAAUGUGGAAAAUGCUUUUCUCGAAAGAGCGUUCUUGAGAUCCACACAAGGAUUCACACUGGAGAGAAGCCAUAUUGUUGUUCAGAAUGUGGAAAAUGCUUUUCUCGUAAGAGUGCUCUUCAGAUCCACACAAGAAUUCACACUGGAGAGAAACCAUAUUGCUGUUCCGAAUGUGGAAAAGGAUUCAUCACCAAUGACAAUCUUCAAGUACACAGAAGAACUCACAAUGGACAGAAUAAAAAACGGUGAUAGUGCUGGAAUCAACAGAACUAAUGAAGGGAAAUUUUCAGGCCCAUCUUGACAUCCUACCAAUCACCUUAACUCCUUAUGAUUUGUAAAAGGAAGCACUAUUAGGAAUGAUAGAUAGGAUAUGUUAUUAAU